AUGCCCGUCAUUGAAGACACCAAUCUAAUGGACGACAGUUCUGAAGAAGUGUUGCCCAAAUGUUUGCUACCAGAACUGUAUGCAUCUGCGGAGGAUUUUGAAAAGGAGAGCAAGAAAUGUACGAUCCAAAAAAUUCACAACAUGUCCCUUAGUGAAGCACAGAAAAUGCUUAGUCAAAACUUGCAUGCCAUGUCACUCAUAAGUGACACUGAUAUGAGAAAGGAAGACACCCAACCUAUUCUCAGAAAAACAAUUCAUGGAUCUAAAGGAUCUAGAGUGGAGGCCAGUGAGACCGAAGAGAAUGGUUCAGACAGCUUCAUGCACUCCAUGGACCCACAGCUAGAGCGGCAGGUGGAGACGAUCCGGAAUCUGGUGGACUCAUACAUGGCCUUUGUCAAUAAGACCAUCAUGCACCUCAUGAUCAACCACGUGUGUGGCCCACUGCCUGGGAGAUGGGAUGAAGGAGUUCAUCUUCUGGGAGCUACUAGCCAGCCUGUACUCCUGUGGGGACCAGACACACUAAUGGAAGAAUCCACCAAGCAGGAGCAGCUCCAUGAGGAGAUGUUGUGCAUGUACCAAGCACUGAAGGAGGCUCUGUGCAUCCUGGGCGACAUCAACACGACCACUGUCAGGACGCCCAUGCCCCAGCCUGUGGACGACUCCUGGCUGCAGGGGCAAGUUGCCCACAUCCAGCCCCAAGUCACAGCGCCUCGUCCCCACCAUGCCCCCAGCCAGGAUCGCGGGGCCCUGCUGGGUCUGGACUAUGGGGGGGGGGGGGCUCCUCCGUGCCCUCCAGGCUGGGGGGUUCCCCUGACCCAUUCGGCCCUACCCCCAGGUUCUCUCACGCCCCAACCGCGUCCCGCCCUGGAUCCCCAG